CUCUUUCCACAAUUUCAUAUCAUUUUAUUAUUAAAUAUAAAAAAAAUUCCAAUUUCUUUUCCACUCUCAAUCAUUCAUUCAUUCCUUCAAUAGUAUCCUCCCUGAUUAUCCGCUCUCAAAAUCAAUGUUUUUUUUUCUCUCUUUUUUCUCUUAAUUGUUGCCUUGGCCGUUGACAUUUUUUUCUGCUUCUUUCUCUACUGUUCCAACUGUUCACGGUUUCUUUGCCACACGAAUUUACUCUUGAAUUAAUUCCCACAUAGAUCAACAGUUUCCAAAUCAAAUUCUCUAUAAGUUUUCUGUCUGAUUUAUGGCUUAGUUUUUUUCUUCUACCACUUGAAGAAUUUGAGUUGGGUUGGAACAAUUUGAUUCAUAGUUUUCAACUUUCAGUUGAUUCUUUCUACAUCCUUGUCACAAACCGCAUUACCCUUUUGGAAGAUCUUUCACUUUUCAGGGGUGGUUAAAAAAGUUGACUUUUUUUACCUCAAGAUUCUGGUUCUGGUUCUGGUUCCCUUUUGAGUUUUAUUACGUGAUAAUGAAGCUUGUGGUUCGUGUGAUUGAGGCAAAGAACUUGCCACCGACGGAUCUUAAUGGGUUGAGUGAUCCGUACGUGAGGUUACAGUUGGGGAAGAACAGGUUCAGGACCAAAGUGAUAAAGAAGUGUUUGAAUCCAAAGUGGGAUGAGGAGUUUAGCUUUAGGGUGGAUGAUCUCAAUGAAGAGCUGGUUAUAUCUGUUAUGGAUGAAGAUAAGUUCUUCAAUGAUGACUUUGUGGGCCAGCUUAAGGUGCCAAUUUCAGUUGUUUUUGAGGAGGAGAUCAAGUCCCUUGGCACUGCUUGGUAUUCCUUGCAACCCAAAAGCAAGAAGUCCAAGAACAAGGAAUCUGGUGAGAUUCGUUUAAGCAUAUAUUUUUCACAAAAUAAUGCAUCCAUGGAGUCAAAUGGUAGUGGUGAUCUAUUAUUACAUCCAAGAAUGACGGAAUCACCUACAAGAUCUUCCACAGGCCCUUCAAACUCUUCUUCUCCUGUCAGGGAAGAAAUUACAUCUGCUAAGGAUGAAAAAUCUAGUACACAAAAAACAAUAACUGGAAGAAUUGCUCAAAUCUUUAGUAAGAGCUCUGAUAUGUCUUCAACUGCAUCCCGUAGAAGCAUUGACUUGGACCAAUCUGAAAGUAGUAAAGUAGAAGUUAGUGAGAUGAAGGCUGAGGAUCAGUCCUCUAAUGAGACUUUUGAAGAAGCUAUGAGAAAGCUUCAGUCUGCAGACCAAGGCAGUGAAAUUCCUAGCAAUUUACCAGCAGGAGUGUUUAUUGAUCAACAAUAUGUCAUUGCACCAGAAGACUUGAAUGAGUUACUAUUUUCAUCAGAUUCAAAUUUUCUCAAGUCAUUGGCAGAAGUACAGGGCAAUACAGAACUCGAAAUAGGACCUUGGAAGUUUGAGAAUGAUGGGGAGAUCUUCAAAAGAUUAGUUACUUACCUCAAGGCUCCGAGUAAAUUAAUUAAGGCUGUCAAAGCCUAUGAGGAACACACAUAUUUAAAAGCUGAUGGGAAGAACUUUGCUGUUCUAGUCAGUGUCAGCACUCCAGAUGUUAUGUAUGGGAGCACCUUUAGGGUAGAAGUACUGUAUGUGAUUACACCUGGACCAGAGUUUCCGACAGGAGAACAGUGUGCGCGUCUGGUUGUAUCGUGGCGAAUGAAUUUUUUACAAAGCACCAUGAUGAAAGGAAUGAUAGAAAAUGGGGCUCGGCAAGGCAUGAAGGAUAGCUUUGAUCAGUAUGCCACUUUGUUAUCUCAGACUGUUAAAACUGCUGAUGUGAAGGACCUUAGUUCCAAUAAGGAACAAGCUUUGGCAUCAUUACAUGCUGAACCUGAAUCAGAUUGGAGGCUUGCAGUGCGGUAUUUUGCUAACUUCACAGUAUUCACAACAGUUUUUAUGGGGUUGUAUGUGAUUGUUCACAUUUGGCUGGCUGCACCAAGCACAAUUCAAGGGCUUGAGUUUGGUGGGCUUGACUUGCCAGAUUCAAUUGGUGAAUUUGUUGUCUGUGCAAUUUUGGUUCUUCAAGGUGAACGCAUGCUGGGUAUAAUCUCACGCUUCAUAAAGGCUAGAGCACAAAAGGGUAGUGAUCAUGGAAUCAAAGCACAAGGAGAUGGGUGGUUGCUAACUGUUGCCUUAAUUGAAGGAAGCAGUUUAGCUUCUGUUGAUUCUAGUGGGUUGUCUGAUCCCUAUGUGGUGUUUACGUGCAAUGGAAAAACAAGAACCAGUUCAAUCAAGUUCCAGAAAUCUAAUCCUACAUGGAAUGAAAUAUUUGAGUUUGAUGCAAUGGAUGAUCCUCCUUCUGUGCUGGAUGUGGUAGUUUAUGAUUUUGACGGACCUUUUGAUGAAGCUGCAUCUCUAGGACAUGCUGAAAUUAAUUUUCUAAAAGCAAACAUAGCAGAUCUUGCUGAUAUAUGGGUUCCCCUUGAAGGAAAGUUGGCAUUGGCAUGUCAGUCUAAACUGCACCUAAGAAUUUUCUUGGACAACACUAGAGGUGGUAAUGUUGCAAAGGACUAUUUAAGUAGAAUGGAGAAAGAAGUCGGGAAGAAGAUUAAUUUGCGGUCUCCUCAAACAAAUUCAGCAUUUCAGAAACUGUUUGGGCUUCCACCUGAGGAAUUUCUCAUCAAUGAUUUCACCUGUCAUUUGAAAAGAAAAAUGCCCCUGCAGGGCCGCCUAUUUCUAUCAGCAAGAAUAAUUGGAUUUCAUGCAAAUUUGUUUGGAAACAAGACAAAAUUCUUUUUUCUUUGGGAAGAUAUUGAAGAAAUUCAGGUUAUUCCUCCUACAUUCUCAUCAAUGGGGAGUCCAAUAAUUGUCAUAACUCUUCGGAAGGGUAGAGGUGUGGAUGCAAGGCAUGGUGCAAAAACACAAGAUGAACAAGGCAGGCUAAAGUUCCAUUUUCAGUCAUUUGUGUCUUUCAAUGUUGCACACAGGACUAUCAUGGCUCUCUGGAAGGCCAGGUCCUUGAGUCCGGAACAGAAGGUUGAGUUUGUUGAAGAACAAUCUGAUAGCAAAAGCCUUAUAAGUGAAGAGAGUGGCUCAUUCCUUGGCCUGGAUGAUGUUAGCAUGUCUGAGAUUUAUUCUUGUUCUCUUUCAAUUCCUGCAAGUUACCUCAUGGAGAUAUUUAGCGGGGGUGAGUUGGACCGUCGGGUCAUGGAAAAGCUUGGUUAUCUUAAUUAUUCUUAUACUCCUUGGGUAUCUGAGAACCAUGAUAUCUCUGAGAGAGCAGUAUAUUACAAAUUUGAGAAGCGUAUUUCAAGUUAUAAAGGUGAAGUGACAAGUACUCAGCAAAGAUCUCCCCUUGCGGAUGGAAAGGGUUGGCUUGUGGAAGAGCUUAUGAACCUUCAUGGAGUUCCUCUUGGUGAUUAUUUCAAUAUACACCUUAGGUACCAAAUUGAGGAUUUACCCCCAAAAGCAAAGGGGUGUAGAGUGCAAGUGUUAUUUGGAAUGGAAUGGCUGAAAAGCUCAAAGAAUCAGAAAAGACUUACAAAGAACAUCCUAGAAAAUUUGCUGGAACGUUUUAAGGUGACCUUUAGUCUAGCUGAGAAGGAGCUUUUACCAAAAUAACAAAGGAAUCUUCCUGGAUUUGACUUAAUAAAUAUUGGAGCUAGCUGAAAUUCUGUUAGCAAAAAUGUUAUGUCCAUUCACAGGCUUGGACUGGAGUUUAUGAUGCAUAUCAUAUCAUAAGGUUCAUGUGAUUGUGCUAUUUUUGGGGUUGGUUUUCAUGGCAAUCCUAGCUUCGUUGAGUGUCUCAGGAAAGAACCUUCUAGUGGAAGGGAACUUCUAUCAGAGCUAUAAUGAUGCUGAAAAUUGUGUUCAUUGGUUGACUUGCUACAAGUCUAUUCUUUAAACUAGGUUACUAAAUACUAAUAGGAGAUUUUAUCUAGUUGUUCCAUUGUACAUGGUUAGUUUGAUUAUGACACAAGAUAAUCACUCAGAUUUACAACAGCAGUUGCUAGCAAUUGAAAUUUUGGAAUUGUUGUGUUGUAGUAGACACAUCUCAUUAUAAAGGUCAGCAACAUUUUGUUGUCACUAAUUGUUAAAAGUUGUGACAGUUGACACUUUUGGUCAUAUGGGAAAUGUUGUAAACGAUUUUUUUAUGCCUGGGACCGUUAUGACACGAAGCUCAGGUACUUUAACUCCCUUGUAGAUUGAUCUGUUCUAAUUUGGAAUACAUUCAUAAUAAAAUGGCCUUUUCUAAUUGCCC